AUGAAAUCGCAAUUCUUCUUAGCACUUUUGGCUCUUUUUGCAUUUAUUACGAUCUCGACUUCGGUUCCAGUUCCUUCAAAUCCUCCCCCAAAGAGUGGAACCAUCCAAGUCACUGCACCCACCAAAGGACCAUGGGCAAGAUACUCUUAUCAAUCCGUAAGCUGGAACGCUAAUGUUGCAGUACCAAAUCAAUGGCAACAAACCGUUCACGUAUAUAUCUAUCAAGUCGUUAGUGGGGCAGCUGAUAAGUUAAUUGAACAGCUUCCGGAUAAAUCAUAUGGAAAUACUUGGGAUGGAUUCCAAAUCACUGACAAAUAUCCGCUCGAUGGCAAAUUUUAUGCUCUUGUUGUGUUAGCAUCGGAUGCUACUGUUUACGGCACUUCGGAUGUAUUCACCAUUUUUAGUACUGGUGAAAAACCACCUGCUACAACAACUACUUCAGCUUCAGCCACCACUUCAUCAGCUUCAGCCACCACUUCAUCAGCUUCAAAUACCACUUCAUCGGUUCCAACUACCACUUCAUCAGCUUCAAAUACCACUUCAUCGGUUCCAACUACCACUUCAUCGGCUCCAACUACCACUUCAUCGGCUUCAACUGCCACUUCAUCAGCUUCAACUCCGACUGGCGUACCCCCAAAUCCUGCUCCAAAGAGCGGCCAAAUCCAGGUCACUGCACCAACAAAAGGACCAUGGGCAAUAGGUUCUUAUCAAUCCGUAAGCUGGAACGCAAAUGUCGCAGUACCAAAUCAAUGGCAACAAACCGUUCACGUAUAUAUCUACCAAGUCGUUAGCGCUGCACCCGAUAAGUUGAUUGCAACGCUUCCGGAUGAACCAUAUGGAAAUACUUGGGAUGGGUUCCAAAUCACUAAUCAAUAUACUAAAGAUGGCAAGUACUACGCACUUGUCGUGUUAGCAUCGAACCCAAGCAUUUACGGCACUUCGGAUAUAUUUACUGUUGUAUAG